GUUGUAAACUCUGCAUUUGAUCUUCUGGCUUUAAGCAAUUGCACUACAGAAAAGGAUUGCGAGAGACUAAGGACUGUAAUUGUUUAUAAUGAGAAAGGAAGCAUGCAUUCAAACAGAUUCCAGUCCUGGGAGCUUAUAUAACAGUGGGUUAAUAAGAACUGUCUAGCUUACUUUAUUAAUUAUGGAUAAUCUGCUGCAUAAACCUUUCUUCUCCUGUUCCAUAAAGCUUCCUCUUCAUGCAAUUGGGGACCUUGUAUCAACACUGAGAGAAAAGAGGACUCGAGAAAAGGUUGCACGUCUUCAACAAAUCCCUAACGGUGACAAUGAGACAAUGAUUCCUGUACUGUCCUCCAAAAAAGCAAGUGAACUGCCAGUUAAUGAAGUUGCAAGCAUUCUUCAAGCUGAUCUUCAGAAUGGCCUAAAAAACUGUGAAGUUUGUCAUAGACGGGCAUUCCAUGGAUGGAAUGAGUUUGAUAUCAGUGAGGAUGAGCCACUAUGGAAAAAAUACAUUUUACAGUUUAAAAACCCCCUCAUUAUGCUUCUUCUGGCAUCUGCAGUCAUCAGUAUUUUAAUGCAUCAGUUUGAUGAUGCCGUCAGUAUCACUGUGGCAAUACUCAUUGUUGUUACAGUUGCCUUUGUUCAGGAGUACCGGUCAGAAAAAUCUCUUGAAGAGCUUAGUAAACUUGUACCUCCAGAAUGCCAUUGUGUACGUGAAGGUAGGGUGGAACAUACACUUGCAAGAGAUUUAGUCCCAGGUGAUACAGUCUGCCUGUCAGUUGGAGACAGAGUCCCUGCUGAUCUCCGGUUGUUUGAGGCUGUGGAUCUUUCUGUUGAUGAAUCCAGUCUGACAGGGGAGACUGCUCCAUGCUCUAAGUGUACAUCACCUCAGCCAGCUGCGACCAAUGGAGACCUUACCUCAAGGAGCAAUAUUGCUUUUAUGGGAACAUUGGUUAGAUGUGGAAAAGCAAAGGGAAUAGUUAUCGGAACAGGAGAAAACUCUGAGUUUGGGGAGGUUUUCAAAAUGAUGCAAGCAGAAGAAGCUCCGAAGACACCUUUGCAGAAGAGUAUGGACCUUUUAGGAAAACAACUUUCUUUAUACUCCUUUGGUAUAAUAGGCAUUAUUAUGCUGGUUGGCUGGCUGCAAGGAAAGCAUAUCCUUGAUAUGUUUACUAUUGGUGUGAGCUUGGCUGUAGCGGCAAUCCCAGAAGGACUACCAAUUGUGGUAACUGUCACAUUGGCCCUUGGUGUUAUGCGAAUGGUCAAGAAAAGGGCUAUUGUAAAAAAGCUACCAAUUGUUGAAACUUUAGGCUGUUGCAAUGUGAUUUGUUCAGAUAAAACUGGAACUUUAACAAAGAAUGAAAUGACUGUUACUCAUAUUUUUACGUCAGAUGGACAGCACGCUGAGGUAACUGGAGUAGGCUAUAACAGGUUUGGAGAAGUGAUGCUUGAUGGUGAUGUUAUUCAUGGAUAUAACAACCCAACUAUUAGCAAAAUUGUUGAGGCUGGUUGUGUGUGCAAUGAUGCUAUAAUCAGAAACAACACCUUGAUGGGAAAGCCAACAGAAGGUGCUCUAAUUGCACUUGCUAUGAAGAUGGGUCUAGAUGGACUCCAGCAGGAUUACAUAAGAAAAGCAGAGUAUCCCUUCAGCUCGGAGCAGAAAUGGAUGGCUGUUAAGUGUGUGCACAGAACACAACAGGACAAACCAGAGGUUUGUUUUAUGAAGGGUGCUUAUGAACAAGUGAUUAGGUACUGUACAACAUAUAACUGCAAAGGACAGACCCUGCCUCUCACCCAACAACAGAGAGAGCAGUAUCAGCAAGAGAAGACAUCUAUGGGCUCUGCAGGACUUAGGGUUUUGGCCUUAGCUUCUGGCCCUGAGCUGGGACAGCUGACCUUUUUGGGGCUGGUGGGCAUAAUUGAUCCUCCAAGGACUGGUGUAAAAGAAGCUGUUACUACACUUAUCACCUCAGGAGUAGCAAUAAAAAUGGUUACUGGAGAUUCACAGGAGACUGCAGUUGCCAUUGCUAGUCGUCUUGGAUUAUAUUCCAAAAAUUCACAGGCAGUUUCGGGAGAAGAAAUAGAUGCUUUAGAUAUUCAACAGCUUUCACAAAUAGCACCAAAGGUUGCAGUGUUUUACAGAGCCAGUCCCAGACAUAAAUUGAAAAUCAUAAAGUCCCUGCAAAAUAAUGGUGCAGUAGUUGCUAUGACAGGAGAUGGAGUGAAUGAUGCAGUAGCCCUGAAGGCUGCAGAUAUUGGUGUAGCAAUGGGGCAAACUGGAACAGAUGUCUGUAAGGAAGCAGCCGAUAUGAUCCUUGUGGAUGAUGAUUUUCAGACAAUAAUGUCUGCAAUUGAAGAGGGUAAAGGGAUUUAUAAUAACAUAAAAAAUUUUGUUAGGUUUCAACUGAGCACGAGUAUAGCUGCAUUGACUUUAAUCUCACUGGCUACAUUAAUGAACUUCCCUAAUCCUCUCAAUGCUAUGCAGAUUUUAUGGAUAAAUAUUAUCAUGGAUGGACCACCAGCUCAAAGUCUUGGAGUGGAGCCUGUGGAUAAAGAUGUUAUUCGGAAGCCUCCAAGAAACUUAAAGGACAGCAUUUUGACGAAAAACCUGAUUGUUAAAAUACUUGUUUCAUCAAUAAUUAUUGUGUGUGGAACACUUUUUGUCUUCUGGAGGGAGCUAAGAGACAAUGUCAUAACGCCUCGAGAUACAACCAUGACCUUCACCUGUUUUGUAUUUUUUGAUAUGUUCAAUGCUUUGAGUUCCAGAUCUCAGACAAAAUCUGUGUUUGAGAUUGGACUUUGCAGUAAUAAAAUGUUCUGUUAUGCUGUUCUUGGAUCUAUAAUGGGGCAGUUACUGGUCAUUUACUUCCCUCCACUUCAGAAGGUUUUUCAAACAGAAAGCCUGAGUGUCCUGGAUUUGUUGUUGCUUCUGGGUCUCACCUCUUCUGUGUGCAUUGUGACAGAAAUCAUAAAGAAAGUUGAAAGAAGCAAGGAGAAGAUCCAGAAACGUGGAAGUUCUUCUUCAUCCUCUUCGUUGUCUUUUCUUGAUGUAUGAUGCAUAUUGCAUUCUUUUGUUUGCAAACCUAGGGAUUGCUGUCUAAGGAUGUAGGCGAGAGCAAAACAGAAUUGGAAGGAUAAAGAAAUCCCAAGGGCUGUUGACAAGUCCUUUUAUGUUUCACUUACUAAAGAUGAACAUUCGUAUUUCAAGACUGUUGAGAAUUUAACUUCCAGUUGUGGGAGUAACAAAAGAAAUUAUGCAACUUUGGUAACAUUUUUCUUCAAACCUAAAUUUACUUUUGAGAUUGAAUGGAACUUUGUAAACUGUGGGGGGAGUUACUUUAAAGAGAGAUGUCUAAGCCUGAGUCCCACCUUCUGCACUUAAGAGGUAUAACUGUAUAAAAACCUUACCUUAGAUAUAAAUAUUUUAGUUUUGUUUUUAUUUAAAAAAUAUUGUAUUCCUUUUCUCUAAUGGUGGUGGGGCUUUGUUACUAAUACAAGGAUGAAAUUAAAUAUUUCAGAGGCAUUCCAUUGGUUUAGAAUUUGAGUCACAAGAGUGCCAUAUUUCAGCUACUGUAUUUAUUUACUUUAUCCUGCAAUGUGUAAGCAGCUCAAGUACCUUGUGCUACAAUUUUUUGUAUCCUAAGUUUUUUGCACAGGAUGUGACCACUGUCGGAUCACUGUUUUUUCUUUUCUUUUUGUGAUUGAAAAGCCUAUACUGCAAUUUGAAGUAAAUGUUUGCUUUUCUUAAAAUAA